AUGAAAUCUUAAAAUUAAGAAACUAUAGAAUUGUAAGGUAAUCCUGCUUCAAGAGCAAAUGAGGAUGAUUAUUUACGAUAACAUGGUAGACUUUCACAUUUAUUUUAAACUCUUUCAACAAAUUCAAGGAAUAACAAAAAAAAGUCAUCUAUUAUUGGAAAAUCAAAAACUAAUGAUUUUGAAGAUAGUAGAAUUACAAGACUUUAUUUUGAAAGAUACAGAGUGUUAGAAUUAGGCCGAAUGUUGACUAUUUGUGCAAGUAUUUUCCUUACAGUUCUUGAAGUUAAUUAUUGAUAAAUAAUAUAGUAUGAGGUUUCAUUUGCAUAUUAGUUAACGGAUAGAUAUGAAGAAGAAAUAAAAACACUGUUAUACCUAAUUCUAUUCUUAACCAUUAUAUCUAGUAUUUUAUUUUCAAUUAUAUAGUUCUUAUGACAAUUAUGGCAUAUUUAGCAGAACUCGAAUUUAAGAAACUUUCUCUUACAGUACCUAAAGAUUCCAAUAUUUUUUAAACAAAUCUAAUUUUCCUUCUAUUAAUUGAAUCUAUUAUACUUCUUCCUUGUCCUACACCAUAUACAAUGGGAUAUAAAGUUUAAUUUUCUCAACGGUAUAAUGAUUAACCAAGAUUCUACUUCAUAAAUGAAAUACUAACUUUUGUAAUGCUUUUUCGAUCAUUACUUAUUUUGAAUAUUGCUUUUAAAUUUCAAUCAUUUUAUUCAAACAGAGUUAAUAGAUUAUGGUAUUUAUAUAUUACAUUUUUUUAGUGGUAUUUAUUCAGUUGAAUUUGGUCCUCAUUUUAUUUUUAAAGUAGCCAUCAGAUAAAAUCCAUAUUCUACUCUCUGUUGUUUAUUUUCUAUUGGAAUUUUUUUAUUUUCUUAUUAAUUAGAAAUUUCAGAGAGAUCUUUAAUAAGAACAUCUACUGAAAUUGAUUAAUAUUAUACUAAAAAUUCUUUUUGGGUUUGCAUGAUAACUAUUUUCACAGUUGGCUAUGGAGAUAUUUAUCCAACUACAGAACUUGGAAGACUUUCAAUGACAUUAGGAUUAUUUUAUGGAGUAGCUUUGACAUCACUUUUUACAGCAAUACUUUAUGCUGAUUUAUAACCAUUUGUUUCAGAAUUAAAGUCUAUUACCUUAUUAGAUAAAGCUAGCAUAAAAUUAGAAAUUAGAUAUGUUGCUGAAAAAGUUUUUUUAAAUUUCUACAAACUAAAUAUGUAUCUCAAAAAAUAUCAAGUAAAUGUUGAAAAUAAUCCUGCAACAUCAAUUAGAAUUAGUUAAAUCUAGUCUUCUUUAUAAGAAGGUUUAUAACUUAAAAGGUAAGAGAUAUUUAUUAUUAUUCAAGAAAUUAUCGAUCUAUUGAUACUGAAGAUUUAAUCUCUAUGGCUGAAAGAUAUUUCAAAGAUAUUAACUACAGAAUCAAAGAUUUCAAAGAAAUGCUUUAAAAAAUGAAAUGUCAAUAAAUUUCUAUUAAUAAAAAUGAUACUCCAAAAUUAAGAUCAACACAAAAACAAUGUCAUACUAUUACUGCUGCUAGUUAUGAAGUUAAAAGCAAAGAUGAUUAAUAUUUCGAAUAAUUAAUUGAUUCUGAAUCUAAUAAUUCAGAAUUAAUGUAAUUUAAUGAGGAUGAGUGA